AUGUUAAGAUUUUAUUUUCUGCUAUUGAGUUUUUCCAUUGGCUAUCUGGAAGCCAAAGUAGCCAAAAACCAUCCGAAAUUUCCGAUUUUUACUGGUGUCAUUAACAGGUUUGCUGAACCUGGAGAUGAGGUUUGGUUGAGUAAAGAAUUGAUCGUUACUGAUUGGUCUGGCAUUAGUGGAGAAAUAUGCGGUUACGGGGUGAGGCACUCGAAAUCGGAGGAUCACCCCUUCAAGAUCAACCUAAUCGAUCCGGAACGUGGCCUAGCUAGGGUGUACCUAAAAGACGGCUGGUCUCUCGAAAUGAUCAAAGAUCCCAAAUACAAGAUGGAAAUUUACCCCUAUGAUUGUCAAUCUGGGGCCCACGGGUCAAGGUGGGGAUUUUGA